AUGGGGGCUCAAUUUAGAACUCUUGAACGUGAAAAGCGUUUCCAGAAUCCUCCAAAAGAUAAAUCUGCAUAUCCAUUAUUAGCGGAAGCAGUUGCACCACAUAUUGGAUCAUUUAAUGCAUUGACAGAAGGACCAGGCGGCGGUUUAUUAAACUUGGCGGUUAAUGAUAUUGGUAGCAAAAUUAUAUUUGACUCUAGUGAUGUUGACAGAUUAGGUAACAAGUUAAACAUUAGAGUUGAAUCUGUUCAACUUGCAAAGCCAUCUGUCCCAGUUAACGAUAAACUUUCAAUUAAUAGAAGAACCUACCCUUCGGAAUGUAGAGAAAGAAUGUCCACUUAUAGAUCUAGAUUGAUGUUAAAAGUUACAUGGAGUGUAAACGAUGGUGACGAGGUUUCUGAAAUUAGAGAAGCCGGGCAAGUUCCCGUAAUGUUGAAGACUAAUAGAUGUCAUUUGGAAAAAUUAUCGCCAAGUGAAUUAGUCGAUCAAAAGGAAGAAUCUGAUGAGAUGGGUGGUUAUUUCAUUGUUAAUGGUAUUGAAAAGUUGAUUCGUAUGUUGAUUGUUCAACGUCGUAACCAUCCUAUGGCUAUUAUCCGUCCAUCGUUUGGUAACAGGGGUGCUUCAUACACUAAGUUUGGUAUUCAAAUAAGAUGUGUCAGACCAGAUCAAACAUCGCAAACUAACGUUUUGCAUUACUUGAAUGAUGGUAAUGUCACUUUCAGAUUUUCUUGGAAGAAAAACGAAUACUUGGUUCCCGCAAUGAUGAUCUUGAAGGCAUUAAUUGAGACUAAUGACCGUGAAAUCUUCGAUGGUAUUAUUGGAGCUGAUACAUCUAACUCUUUCUUGACUGAUCGUUUGGAAUUAUUAUUAAGAACCUAUAAGCAAUACAAUCUCUACUCUAAACAAGAGACUUUAGCUUAUUUGGGUGACAAAUUCAGAAUUGUAUUUGGUUCAGCACCUGAUGUAUCAGAUAUAGAAGUAGGUAAAGAAGUCUUGCAAAGAAUUGUUUUAGUUCAUUUACCUAACAACUUAGAUAAAUUUAGAAUGUUAUUAUUCAUGAUUAGAAAAUUAUAUUCUUUGGUCGCCGGUGAUUGUUGUCCAGAUAAUCCAGAUGCCACCCAACAUCAAGAAGUCUUAUUAGGUGGUUUCUUAUAUGGUAUGAUUAUCAAAGAAAAAAUUGAUGAAUAUUUACAAAAUAUCAAGUUGCAAAUUCAAUCGGACAUUAAUCGUGGAAUAGCAAUCAAUUUUAAUGACAGAAAAUACAUGUCAAGAGUCUUUUUGAGAAUCAAUGAAAACAUUGGACAAAAGUUGCAAUACUUCUUAUCAACGGGUAACUUGGUUUCUCAAUCUGGUUUAGAUUUGCAGCAAGUUUCUGGUUAUACUGUUGUUGCGGAAAAGAUUAACUUCUAUAGAUUCAUUUCACAUUUCAGAAUGGUUCAUAGAGGUUCUUUCUUCGCCGAAUUGAAGACAACAACUGUUAGAAAAUUAUUACCUGAAUCUUGGGGAUUUUUAUGUCCCGUACAUACACCGGAUGGUUCGCCUUGUGGUUUAUUAAACCAUUUGUCGCAUAAAUGUCAAAUCGCUACAGAAGCUUCCGAUGUUUCUCAAGUUCCUGUCGCAUUGGCGCAAUUAGGUGUAUCGCCUGCCCACAGCUUUGCGGCUGGACCAAACUUGUGUUGUGUUCAAUUAGAUGGUAAGGUCAUGGGAUGGACCACUCAUGAACAUGGUAAAAUUGUUGCGGAUACAUUAAGAUACUGGAAAGUUGAAGGAAAUCACGGUUUGCCAUUAGACUUAGAAGUUGGUUACGUUCCGCCAUCGACAAAGGGUCAAUAUCCAGGUUUAUAUUUGUUCGGUGGUCACUCUAGAAUGAUGAGACCAACCAAAUAUUUACCAUUAAAUAAGACUGAUAUUUUAGGUCCAUUCGAACAAGUUUACAUGGAUGUUGCAGUUACACCAGCUGAAAUUGAAAACAACAUUCAUACUCAUGUUGAAUUUUCUCCUACUAAUAUUUUAUCUAUUCUUGCUAAUUUGACUCCAUUUUCCGAUUUUAAUCAAUCACCAAGAAAUAUGUAUCAAUGUCAAAUGGGUAAGCAAACCAUGGGUACCCCUGGUGUAGCUUUGAAUCAUAGAUCUGAUAACAAAUUAUAUAGAUUACAGACUGGUCAAACUCCUAUUGUUAAGGCUAGUUUAUAUGAUGAUUAUGGUAUGGACAAUUUCCCUAAUGGGAUGAAUGCUGUUGUUGCAGUAAUUUCUUACACUGGUUAUGAUAUGGAUGAUGCGAUGAUCAUCAACAAAUCUGCAGAUGAAAGAGGUUUUGGCUAUGGUACAGUGUAUAAGGUUGAAAAGGUCGAUUUAUCUCAAUCUAGACGUAGAGGGGAUCCGAUUACUCAACAUUUUGGGUUCGGUACUGAUGAAUGGCCUGAAUCCUGGAGAGAAAAAUUAGAUGCCGAUGGAUUACCAUUGAUCGGUGUUAAAGUCGAUGAGGGUGAUCCAAUUGUUGCGUACUAUGAUGAUACAUUAGGUAGAACUAAAGUCAAGACUUACCAUUCAACUGAACCUGCUUAUAUUGAAGAAGUCAAAUUAUUGGGAGAUGAUAGUGGGGACCAAGAAGGACAACAAAUAACCAUCAAAUAUAGAAUAACUAGACAGCCGUUAAUCGGUGAUAAAUUCUCUUCUAGACAUGGUCAGAAAGGUGUUUGUUCUCGUAAAUGGCCUCAAGUUGAUAUGCCAUUCUCCGAAACUGGUAUUCAACCAGAUGUGAUCAUCAACCCGCAUGCCUUCCCAUCUCGUAUGACAAUUGGUAUGUUCGUCGAAUCUUUAGCUGGUAAGGCGGGUGCUUUGCAUGGUAUUGCGCAAGAUGCUACUCCUUGGAAAUUCAGCGAAGAUGAUACACCUGCAGAUUUCUUUGGUGAACAGUUAAGUAAGGCUGGUUAUAAUUAUCACGGUAAUGAACCAAUGUACUCAGGAGCUACCGGUGAAGAAUUAAGAGCUGAUAUAUACAUUGGUUGUGUUUACUAUCAAAGAUUAAGACAUAUGGUUAACGAUAAGUUCCAAGUCAGAUCCACUGGUCCAGUUAAUUCAUUAACAAUGCAACCUGUUAAGGGUCGUAAAAGAAGUGGUGGUAUUCGUGUCGGUGAGAUGGAAAGAGAUGCUUUAAUUGGACAUGGUACUGCGUUCUUAUUACAGGAUAGAUUAUUGAAUUGUUCCGAUUAUACCCAAACUUCUGUUUGUCGCUCUUGUGGCUCAUUGUUAAAUACUCAAACAUCGGUACCAAGGAUUGGAACUGCUGCUUCUAUUAGAUGUAGAAGAUGUUCUGUUAAAAUUGAAUCUUAUAGUCAACAAGGUGAAUAUGUUAAUGAGUCAGAGAUUUGGCAAGAUGGCCAAGGGAAGAAAUUUGUUGGUGGUGAAAACACUACAACUGUAGCAAUUCCUUUUGUUUUGAAAUACUUGGAUUCGGAAUUGGCUGCUAUGGGUAUUAAAAUGCGUUAUAACGUUGAACCUCGUUAA